AUGCCACCACUGGAAAUAACUGGGUCCCUGGGUGUGGUGACAUACCCUGCUCUGGGAAGGGGAAAUGGCAGGAACGCUGAGUGUGAGCUAGUGUGGGGUGAAUGGGAGAAAUCAGAGGAAGACCAAGAACAGGCAGGCCAGGAGGCAAGUUCUCGGCACCUCAUCGAUGAAGGGGUCGCUCCCUGGCCUGUGCGGCAGUUUGGUUGGGGAGGGGUGAGCAGGGAUGGAGCCGAGGGCAGGAUUCAGGAGGAAGCGUCAUCUGCACUGGAUCUGGGAGCUCUUCCACAAGCGGAGGGAAGAGCCAGGGGAGCAAAAACGCGGAGACUGCGCGCGCGGGAAGCGCUUGAGGCCCGACAGGUCAGGCCCGCGCGCUCACAUGGCGGGAGCCAAGAGGACCGGUGGGCACAGCCAGAGCCAGAGGGCCCGAGGGGCCAAGAGCGGCGAGGAGACGGUCCCGUUUCCAGCACAGCGGCGGCAGGGCCAGAGCUGUGCUUGAGUCACCACAUAAAUCCCGCCAACACCUGGACAGGCGAGCAGGUCAGCAGGAACCAGAGUGACCCCGUGCUGAUCAGAAACAAGCAGCUGUGCUCCACAUGUCGAGAAAUAAAAAUGAUACAACCAAGAACUAUGAUAGUCCCAGGUGAUCUGAAACUAUCCUUUAAAAAUUUUAUGAGUCGUAGAAUGAUGAGUCUUCAUCCACCAAAAGGCCAGACUGUGUCCAAACCUUCCCGUGGUGACAUUCCAACAGAGAGCAUUCACUACAGACUGCCCAUUCUGGGCCCCAGGACAGCUGUCUUCCAUGGAAUGCUGUCGGAUGCCUACAAAACUCUGCAGGAGACACAACUCUCUUACUUGUCCGGAAAGAAGCCAAUGGACAAGACAAUGAGGCAGUGAGUGGUCGGAGCUCAUCGCCUUCCAGACUCGCAGAGAGAAAACAACCUCUCCAAGCCAGUUUCUGACACUAAUGCCUUCUCAUAAUUUCCUCCUAUCGCCAAAAAGAUGACUCCAUUUUGCCUUCCUAAGAGUUGCUAGAAUUCUAGCCCUUGCCACUAUCUUCUCACUUGCUUCUCCUAAAGACAAAAUGGAUUAAUUUACAUCAUUAUAAAGACUUAUUGAUUACAAUGGAA